GAACGUAAAAAAAAUAGAGAACAACAAAGAAUAACAGCAAAAAUUAAUCAGAGGAAAAAGGGGUUUGCCCACCUUCACCAAAGUAAAAGCGAACAACUAAAAAACCUCCUCCCACAUGAUAUUUCAGAGUGUCAAGCUCUGAACGACAUAAAAAAAAUUGUGGCCAAAAGUGGGUACCAUAGCGAUGAGAUAUCGGAAAUGAAUAAUGAACUUGCCAAUGAUGAAAGAAGGAAAAGGAUUCAACAUCUUCUUGAUGACAACCACAAUAAUCAUGUAGUGAAG